UGGUGAUUAUAGACUAGAGAGACUAGGUGUGGCAAGAUGGGGCGGCGUCAAAGGCUUUGUCUAUAGUUCCCGUACAGCCCACCAACCGGGAGGAGGCUCUGCCUGUCUAUCAGAGUCUGUCCUGGAGCCAUGCACAGUCUGGGAUUGAAAGAGCUGCUGCUGCGUGGGGCUGAACCACUCUUAAACCAAGACCUAAGCCACGGGGACAAGCACAAGUUCAAGAAGCUCGUAGGAACCUUUGUAACCAGAUAGAAGACCAAGUGAAGAACUGCCGGAGCAUAUUGCAUCUUUGUCUUCUGUCACCCUCAUUUAUUCUUCUUUUAGAACUCGUGACAAAGAUUUUCUAAAGAGAAAGCAAAAAGAAAAAGCCAAACUUGUGUGGAGUGCCCGCUGAGUAACGGACCUUUGGAAGAGACUUCUCCUUUUUGAGAACCCUAAAAGAUCCUUUUUCACUUUUAAAGGAUGAAAUUUCAAUGAUAAAACCAUUUGGAAUAUGGGACUUUUAAUCUAUGAUUUGGACCAUGGGGACAGGAAACUAUGUUUGUGUGCUCAGCUCUGGGUCAUUUUGAUAACUCUUGCAGGUAAAACCUCUCCAACCAGUUCAGAUGCCCUCCUCAGCUCCUCAGCAGUGACGGCCAGUCCCUUGCCACCCAAUGUGUACCUUCCAGCCAACUUCAAAAUGUCCAACGCACAACUGGCUUUCUUCUUGCGGGAGGCUCAGAUCACAGGACAAACAGUUGGCGGCAGCAGCAAGAGCAGCAGUAGCCCCAGCACUGGACACCCGCUGCAGCGCUCUGAGAGUUUUGUGGUUUUCCAGACAAAAGACCUCCCCGCCAUCAACAUAAGCUUUGGGCCUUUUGCCCGGGACCAGGCCGUGUCCAAGGAGUUGCUCCAGCCAGCCAGUCCGCUGGAUAUUCCCGGCCAGCUGACAGUCAACUGGAAGGUUCGGGCUUUCAUUGUCCAGGCGCGGGUCUUCUCCAACAACCCCACAGUCCAGGUGUUUUUCUACAUCGCUGGCCGCGACUGGGAUGACUUCAAGGCUCAGGACAAGCUUCCCUGCGUCCGUCUUCAUGCCUUCCGGGAUGUCCGUGAAAUUAAAACCUCUUGCCGCAUGAAAGGCAACCUGGCGCAGUGCUUGGCCCAGCUGGAGCUGCCUCCGUCCUGGUUUAACACCAAUGUAGCCCCACUGGGUCGGAGGAAAGGCUCCACUGACGGGCUCUUGGAUGGGCUAACCAGUGAGACCCUCCAGGCCGAGCUCUACUACACGCUCCAUGGGCCCAAUGUGGACGGGGAGUGCAGUGAGGGCUCAGGUCAUAGAGGUGGUGGUGCUUCCAGGGGAGAACCUCUGUCACAGCACCCCCUGCUGCGCAUCGGGAGCAUCAGCCUGUACCAGGCCAGCCAAGAACAGCUGCUGGUGGACAAACAGUUAGACAAGAACAUGUUCCUCAGGCUGCCCGAGAAGCCCCUGAAGCCUGGAGAGACCCUCACCAUCUUCCUCUACUUGAUGCCAAACUCCACUGUGGAACAGUUCACCCUCAGGGUCAAAGCGAAGAAAGGGGUGAACCUGCUCGAGACCAAGUCGAAGAACGCCCAGUGGAAGUUGGAGUGGGAGAUGCAGUCUGGCGCCAAGCACUCCAUCACCACCAUCGAUGUGAACAAAAACAAAGCAGUCAAACAGGGGGAUAUUUUAGGCAACGUCGAGGUGAUGCAGUUGGAUUUCGAGAUGGAGAACUUCACCAGCCUCUCGGUGACCAGAAGGAUCAACUGGAACAUCGACUACAAGGGGCAGAGCCCGCCGCCCGACUCGGAGAAGGUUGUGACGGAGUUAACCGUGGUGCAGCGAGACAUCCAGGCCAUCAUCCCGCUGGCCAUGGACACAGAGAUUAUCAACACGGCUAUUCUGACCGGACGCACCGUGGCCAUUCCUGUCAAAAUGGUCUCCAUAGAGAUGAAUGGAGCCGUCACUGACGUCUCAGCCUUCGUGCAGUGCAAGUCCUCCAAUGAAGACAUUGUUAAGGUGUCCAUGAAUUGCGACUAUGUGUUCGUCAACGGGAAGGAGACGCGGGGAUCCAUGAACGCAAGGGUGAUCUUCAGCUACGAGCACCUGAGCGCACCGCUGGAGCUGACCGUCUGGGUGCCCAAACUUCCCCUGCAGGUGGAACUUUCUGACAACAAUCUGAGCUUCAUCAAAGGCUGGAGGGUUCCCAUCCUGCCCGACCGAAGGAGCACCAGAGACAGCGACGCAGACGAAGAGGACGACGAGCGGCGGGUGAGUCGAGGCUGCACCCUGCAGUACCAGCGGGCGCUGGUCAAGGUGCUGACCCAGUUCCACACCACCUCCACAGAGGGCACCGACCAGGUCAUCACCAUGCUGGGCCCCGACUGGCAGGUGGAUGUCACAGACCUGGUGCAGGACUCCCUGAAGGUGGCCGACCCCAGGAUAGCGGAGCUGGUGGACAGGACGGUGUUGGUGGGUCUGGAGCUGGGAGCCACUGUGCUGAAGGUGGAGUCUCCGCUGGCAGUGGAUGCAGUAUUGGGAGAGUCUGCGUUCUCCGUCACAGACGACAAGGUUUCCAUCACGGAGAUGCGAGUCCACGCCAUCUCCGGUCUGACCCUCUCGCUGCAGCCCAGCCCCGGGAACAGCCACACCAUGGUGGCCAAGGCAACGGGCAUCCAGACGCUGACGGCUCCAAAGCAGGAGGCCAGUUUGUCUGUCUGGAUGCUUUUCAGUGACAACACAGCCGCCACACUGACUUACUUUGAUCCUAAAGACUACAACCUCAACGCCUCCUCACUGGAUGACAGGAUUGUGUCGGUAUCCCAGGAGCCUCAGCAACGCUGGCCUGUGGUGGUAGCAGAAGGGGAGGGAUCAGGUGAGCUGGUGCGUUUAGAGAUGACCAUCUGUGAGGCCUGCCAGAAGACCAAACGCAAAAGCAUCAUCGCAUCUGCUGCAGUUUAUGUCAAGGUUCGCUUUGGCCCAGAGGAAGAUUCUGAGGAAGAGGCAACUACCGAGGGCGAGAUAGAGCUGGUGCCCGUCACCAGGCGUCCAAUCAUCGAUCCAGACAUCAGUGGAAGAAUUUAUGAGACAUCUAAUGAGCAGCCUGCCAGUGUUCCUAUUGAUUACACCAAUUUUCCCACCAUUAGCAACCAAGAGCGACCAACUGAGAGUGAUGAAGAGGAGGAAGAUGACUUUGUGCAUUCACCUCGCAACAUGACUGACCUUGAGAUUGGCAUGUAUGCUCUACUGGGAGUCUUCUGUCUGGCCAUCUUAGUCUUUCUCAUCAACUGCAUCGUCUUCGUGCUUAAGUACCGGCAUAAGCGGAUCCCGCCCGAGGGUCAGGCCAACAUGGAUCACUCCCACCACUGGGUGUUCCUGGGAAACGGCCAGCCACUGAGGGCCCAGUGUGAUCUGUCGCCACAGCAGGUAGAAAGUCCCAGUAACCCUCUGGAGGGGGUACAGACCUGCUGCCAUGGUGACCACCACAGCAGUGGCAGUUCCCAGACUAGCGUUCAAAGCCAGGUCCAUGGGCGGGGUGACGGCAGCUCCGGGGGCUCUACGAAGGAGAACGGCGAGGAGGCCAGUUCCCCCACAUCCAAGCGCAAGAGAGUCAAGUUUACCACCUUUACCACCCUUCCCACAGAGGAGCUGCCCUAUAACUCCAUCCCCAUAGCAGAUGAAGAGGACAUUCAGUGGGUUUGCCAGGAUAUGGGCUUCCAAGACCCAGAGGAACUGCAUGAUUACAUGCGCAGAAUAAAAGAAAUAGCCUGAGAAUAGAGGUGGCGUGAAGCACAGCUCUCAGCUUUCUAAAGAAACGUUCCUUUUUAUUUUAUUUUAUUUUUUCACCUAAGUGAAAGAUAACUUCUCACAGACUAAAAAGCCAACUGUCGUUUUGGUUAGGGUGUGUUCCAUUUAGUUUGCACAGUGCUGUAAUCUCAUACACGCUCACACAGAAGAGAAUGCAAGGAAGCUAAAGACUUGACCAGAGGAUCUCACUCACUCGAGAAAUCUGUAAAUCUUUGGCUUUGUUUCAUUGGAAAGCUUCAUGGCCAGACGUGAGAGCUGCUCCAGCUCUUUUAUUUUCAGGAUAUGAAUCUAGAGAAAGCCUGAUAUGGACAGGAAUGUAGAAGAUGUUUCAUAUUGGCUGUGUUUUUGCUGGCUCAGUGGGACUCUGCAGUACUCUACCUACUCCAAACAAAGAUGCCUUUGAUGAACAAAAAACUGUCAAAGACUCUCAUGAAAGCUAUGUUUUAAAAAAAAUCAUUUUGUUUUUGCCAAAGUAGGAAAAGCGUUCUUUUAAUGGCGAAACUUUCUUCAUUGUUGUUCUUGGUGCAGCACACUCAUGAUUUGUACUCAUGUUCAUUCCUUACAUUUUUCUACAUUUCAUAGGUAGUCAAAAGCAGUGCCCUACUACUAGUCCUCUUGGUCCUGAACAAAUCUAAUGCCUUAUAAAAAUGGUCACAGUUCACUUCUUAUAUCAGCGCGGACACCCUGUUUUCUCACUACGGCUAGAGACGGUGUAGCAAGAUGUAAAACACUACAACUGAUCUCGAGCAUGAGGUAAAAUUAGAAAUGAGCUUGUGUAUUGUGAGGAUCUCUAACGUUCUUUGCAUGGAAGGGGAUCUUGAGGCACAAUCAGCAACUUUUUCCAAAUUUGUAAAUGUUUGUAUUGUAAUUAUAUAAUCAUUCAUACACAUUACUAAAGUAAAUAUGUUAUCAUGCAUUACACGCAUGCCAUGUCAGGCCUACAUACAUGCAGACAUUCCUCUCUAGUAUAUGUAUAUACCGUACCGAGCCAGAGUCACCUCCCGCACGAACGUUCAACAAGUUACUUACUCAGAGCUAGACGAGUGGGAAACCAGUUGAGGUCGUGCAGAUUUUAGUCUUGUGGUGAGUAGAAGGUUCCCCUCGUUAAUGUCAUGACAGAACUGUAGAUUUUUAACAAAGUGGUUUCACAUUAUGACUGUUGAACAUGGUGGAUUUGCUAUGCAUCAGAAUUGUAACAGAUCUAAUCUUUUGAUUUAUUUCUCCUCCUCAACUUCUGCACUCUCGCCUUUUGGGAAAAUAAAACCUCACUAAACACAAGAUCCUAUAAAAUCUCCAGGAAAUGAUAGAUUUUGCUCCAUCAUUUAUAUCAUGGCCAUCUCAUGUUGUCAUGCUGUUUUUAAAACACACUCUACUAUGUAUGUAGUCCCUAUUUUGUUUAAUCUACUCCAGUGAACUCAUGUCUGGAGGUCACAAGUUUCCUUUGUCUGAACUCUGGACAGGGCGAGAGACGAGGAAUCAGAUGUGUUGCUGGUGGUAGAUGAGCUUUGUGGAUGCCAUGGGUGUGGUUGUGACACAACUUAUCUCAGGAUGAGGAUUGGCUUCAUUGACAAAUCAAAGGGAUUGAAAACAGCACAGUGGAUGUCAUUUGCAGGUUUUGUUGUGCAGCAAUUGUUGAGCGUUUAAAGGUUUACUGACAGGUUUGAAACUACACUAAAGCAGAACAGGGGAAGAGCUGGAAGGUUUAAAAAGAACAUAAAAUAUUCAACCAAAACAUUGCAAAGGCAGCCAGACACGUGAGCGCGUGGUGAGAGCAGAGCUAACCGUAUCUUUAAUUGCAGUUGCCCUAUUAGUGUAGCUGCUUUUUAGUAGUAGUGUUGAUGAUUGGAGAUGACUUUUGAAGGUUGAUGUUAUUCAAGCUCUGAUCUCACAUAAAACAAGUUAUUUUCAAGUCUAAUGAAGCAACCAUGUGAUGAAAAUUACUUUCUGUGUCAUGUUCCUUUAAUUCUGUGCUGCUUCUAAGGGCUUGGAUUUUUUCUUUUAUGUCAACUGAUUGAUUUUGGUGAUCCUAUAUGAAAAGUAAUGCUACUAGCACCCUCUGUGGUGACGAGGAGCAUAAGCUCUACAGUACAGUAUAUGUCACUCAAAAUGUACAAGACUUUAUUGCAAAUCCUACCUGCUUGUCAGCCCCCACAGCCUUAUUAAAGACCAAAUCCAGAAUUGUUCUCCUUGUGGCAGUUAUACAAAAAACAGCUUAAUAUGGGACAAAAUCACUGAAUCAAAGACAAAUUUUAUAUUUACUUUCUUUUUUUUUAUGUUUCCUGAGCUCCUUAUUCAUUGACUGGCCAGAUGUGACAGCUUGUGCUAAAUGUGAAAUGGAAAUGGUUUGCUUACAGCAACAUUGUAAAUACUGGAGCAAAACAGGCUUUAAUUUUCACUCAUCUGAAAGUUGCAAUGAGAUUAUUUUCCAACAAUAAACCACAUUCAAUAAUUUACAUGUAUAUAGACCCACAUUUGAUCCUGGAUUGGGACUUUAAGGAUUUGGGUUACCGCAUGCCCUCUCUAUGUUCCAUGUGGUUGAGAUGAAUAAUGAUUCUCGUGUUUAAUAAUAUUCAAUCUGUGUUAACAUCUAAAGAGAAGAUGAGACAUUAUUUCUGACAGUCCAAGCCCAUCCUUCAGCCUCAGCAUCAACAUGAUUUGCCAGCUGGAAGUGUUUCACUCUUAACCUUAAAUUAUGGUUUCUCAGGAUGAAUGUAGGAUUAUAAACUAAUGUGGUCAACCCAAUCUGGUGACAUUACUAUAACAGAUUAAGUAUCUAAUAGCAGCUUUACACACACUUUCUAUUGGGUUUUUCAGUUUCCCCCAUUGAUUUACUCCCAUAGUAUGUAAAUAUGUUGCCCAUAACAUGAACACAUUUUACUUUUCACAGUUUUUACAUUUUACUUCCCCGUCAAUUACACAUUUUAAGGGUUUUUCAAAAUGCUGCUUUGGUGACGGUGCACAUGUUGCUCAUUUUGUAUUUUCUUCAAGCUGCUAAUAGAAACUUAGUCUUUUUACAACGUGUAAUUGAACAUCUUGACUUGUACCUUUCUGCCCCUCCCCAUGGAAAACUGUGCACGAUGUGCACGGCUCAGCUGUGCCAAGUAACCACAACACUCACAAUAAUAUGUUAAUGUACAGAGCACUGUUGAAUUUCCUGUAUUCUCUUGAAAAUAAACCCUUGUAUUUUCCCGUUAUAUGUAAAGUACUAAAGAAAAUGCAAUACACAAA